AUGGUCACACAUCUCUCGCUCUUAGACCGAGAGCUUCAGGGGACUGAAGAGACAGAGGCUCUGCUAAUGGUGUGGAAAAAACAGAGCCCCUACUUUAUAGGAAUGUUUUGCUUUGAAGCUGGAAUAAAAAUCAUCGCUUUGGGAUUUGUAUUCCACAAGGGCUCGUACCUGAGAAACGGCUGGAACGUCAUGGACUUCAUUGUUGUCCUAAGUGGGAUUCUGGCCACAGCAGGAGCCCACAUGAAUAUUUCAUUAGACCUGCGCACACUCAGGGCUGUGAGGGUAUUACGGCCCCUUAAACUGGUUUCUGGCAUUCCUAGUCUGCAAAUAGUUCUUAAAUCCAUAAUGAAGGCGAUGGUGCCACUGCUACAGAUUGGUCUGCUGCUGUUUUUUGCCAUUCUCAUGUUUGCGAUUAUUGGAUUAGAGUUCUACAGUGGAAAACUCCACAGAAGAUGUGUAGCUUUUUCAAACAUUACAG